UAGAGCCAUAUCCAUCUUUCUCUGCGUAUUCGGAGAGGAAGAACCGGUUAAAGGUGAAAUAUGGGAUUCGCAGUAGUGGUGGUGAUGAUCAUUGCAGCCUCGGUGAUAGCGGGUUGCACCAAUAACAUGGCAGUGUUGGCUUGGGAUGAACCCCACAUCAUUCACGUGGCUGGAAAAGUGCUGUGCCAGGAUUGUACCCAGGGUUGGAACGAAUGGAUUAGUGGUGGCAACCCGAUCAAAGGAGUCAAGGUGUCUCUAACGUGCAUGGACAAGAGAAGCAGGGUUGUGUAUUAUACAAGUGACGCUACAGAUGAGUUGGGGCAAUACGAAAUAACCGUGAACAAGUAUGUCAACGGCAAGGAACUGUAUACGAAGGGGUGCACAGUGAGGUUGGUGUCAUCCCCAGACAAUGUUUGCAAUAUCCUUACUGACUUUGGUGGUGGAAACUCCGGCAUCAAGCUCAGCCGCCCAACAUCCAUGUAUCGUGGUUUGAUCAAACACUUGCUCAAACCUUUGUAUUAUACGACUCCUAUGUGUGAUAAGCCGGACACCGAUAACUCUGAUUCUGAAUACAAAGAUGCACAAGGACAACGAGGCCACUACCAAUAAAUGGCAAUGUACUUUCUUUGUUCCCCAUUUCUUUCCCUUCGUUAUCUGUUAUUUUCCCCUUUCCCAUUUUUUUUUUUUGGUAACUCCCUUUCCCAUUUAUAAACUCUUGCAAGAAAGUGUUUAGCGUGUGUCAAGAAAAUAAAAUAAAAAAGAAAUUAAUAUACCGAAAAUUUAGUAAUUUCAAGCUAUAUAACGUUUCAUCGUCCAAAAUAAUAAUAAAAAAAAAACAGAAAAAAAAAGAGCGAGCUGUUAUAAUGUUCCCCAUCUGUAACGGAUGGCACUAUCCAAACGACUAUAAAUUUAAUAUAAUUGGUGCCAAACAGCAU